AUGGCUACCCCCAGUGUCCUCACUUUUGAUGCUGAGGGCCGUGCCGUUGACUCUGAGGUCUGGGUCGAUGACCUCCAGCUGUUUUUUCAGUGCGAUAGGGCGGACGGCCUCUCCCUGUUUGACCUCACUUCUGGUGCCUCCCCUGCCCCUACUGCUGAUGCAAAUGCCACUGUUCGCUCACAGUGGGCCACGCACGAUGCUGCUGCUCGCCUUGCUGUGCCCCGCCACUUACCGACCACUGAGCGUGCGCACUUUAGCCAGUACAAGAGUGCUCAGACCUUGUACGACGCUGUAGUUGCACGCUACUCUUCCCCUGCCACUGCUGCACUGAGCCGCCUCAUGCUACCGUACCUCUUCCCUGACCUUGCUUCCUUUCCCACAGUCGCUGACCUCAUUACGCACCUCCGCACUAGUGACACUCGCUACCGCGCUGCGCUUCCUGCUGAGGACCACUUCCUCUCAGUUUGCCCCACCACUCUCACCGUUGACCUCCUCGAGAAGGCCCUCCUAGUGAUAGAGAAGAGCAUAGUCGCUCUAGGAGCCUCUCGUGGUGACCCUCGCACCCCCGUCUUUGAGGGGUGUUCUCCCUCCCCCCUCUUGCCCUCUGUUGCCUCUGCUGCUGUGGCCGACCUCGUUGGUUUCGAGUCGGUCGGCGCUGCGUCUGCCCCAAGCGGGAGACGCCGCACCGGCAAGGGCAAGGGGGGCAAGGGCGCUGGAGGGGCUGGAGGGGGCGAUGGAGGUGGUGGUGGAGGUAGUGGAGGGAGUGGGGGUGGUGGUGGGAGUGGUGCCGGGCGCGGUGGGGGUUUUGGUCCCUGCGCUUACGUCCUCCGUACCGGCGGCCGCGCUGGUGAGCAGUGCGGAGGCCCGCACUCCACCCAGCGCUGCUUUGGUCGCCUGACGGACGCGUGGCGUCGCCAGUUCCCAGAGGUGUCAGAGAUCCCUCGCUGGGGAGAUCUGACUAAGGCCGGGGUUGCUAUCUUUGAUCUUGACUUUGAUGCUAUUCUUGCUGCUAUGUAUGCUGUUGAUACUAGUGUUAAGGGUGCCUGUUACCUGUGUGUACCGCCUGACUCGGCCAUUGAGGCCGCUGCUCUAGGUGCUGGUGAGGCUGCUGCUCUAGGUGCCAGUGCGUCUGCUGCCCCAGGUGCUGGUGUGUCUGCUCUCUCAGGUACUGCGUCGGCUCAGGCCUUCCACAUCUUCACCCUGGACUCGGGUGCGUCGCGCUCCUUCUUUCGAGACCGCACCACUCUUACGCCGCUCAGUCGGCCGGUUGCAGUCUCCCUUGCAGACCCCUCUGGGGGUCCUGUCCUUGCUAGCUUCUCCACUGUCCUACCGUGCCCGGCAGCCCCCUCUGGCACCCUGUCAGGGGCGAGAGCGCGCCGCCCCUCACUCCUCUAA